AUGAAAAACAGAAAAGAUGAUGAAAAGCAUAGAUCCGACUCUUACUCUUCAGAUUCCUCAUCAUCUUACUCAUCAGAAGAAAAUGAUCAUCAUCCUCGUCAUCAUCGCGGCCACCCACAUCCAUUCCAUCCUCCAUUUUUCCCAUGGGGACAUCCACCAUGCCAUCAGCCCCAUAAUGGACCAGAAUUUGGACCAGAUUUCCAACAUCCAUGGAUGCAGGGCCCACCACCACCGCCACCACAUCGCCAUCAUCAUCACCACCAUCACCACCAUGGUGCUCCACCACCUUCUCCUUUCCAGCAGCCUCCAUUCUGCCCUCCUCCUCCACAACAAGGCAAUGAUGGUCAGGUUCCUCAGCAGCCACCUCAAUUUUGGCCACCUUAUCAUUGCCAGCAAGAGUGCCCACCUCCAGUCUUCAAGCGUCCUCAUCCACGUGAAGGAUUUGAUCAGCCACCACCAUUUUUCAAACAUCAUCAUCACCAUGGACACUGCCAUCCACCAAUGAUGGGACCUGAGUUCUGCCAACCACCGCAAUGUGAUAACCAGCCACCAUUCGGACAUCCACCUUGCCAUGGCAAGCAUGAACCUCACAAAGAUCAUUGUCCACCACCAGAAUUCGACGAAGGUUUUUGCCGCCCACAUGGUCCAAAGCAUUUCCAUCACCAUGGUCCUUUCCCAGGUGACUUCCAACCAUCUCCACAAGUCUGUCCUUGCUGCCCACCACCUCAGCAUCCACAAGGAUGUGCUUAUUUCCCUCCACCACAGCAGCAACAAGUUUACGAGUGCCCUCCACGUCCUGAACCAAGAAGUGGACAAGAGCCUAAGGAAUACUCAACUUCGUACUCUUCUUCUGACUCAUCCUACUCAGAUUACGAUGAUGAAAAUGGACCUGCAAACAUCCCACAAGCAUACGAAGCACAUCCAAAUACGCAGCUCAAAGAUAAUCCAAAUCCAACAAAUUAA